AUGGAAGAUGGUACCCCAAAAUCUCCAAUGGCAGAAACAAGCUGCAAGAUUAUCAGAAGAUCAGUCUACACUUUCCUUCAAAGAUACCACUACUUCACCUCCGCUGCCGCGCUCCUUGCCUUCCCCUUCUCCGUUUCGGUUCUCCUCUCACAAGCUUAUGUCCCUUCCUCUUCAACUCUUCUACCAACCAUAUACAAUCGCCUGAGAACUCUCUUUGAUGCUGCAGGUUUCCCUUCCUCUUUAGAAUUCUUCACUGUUCUUAACCAGAAACUUUCUGAAACCAUAUUUUCCUCCAUCCUUACACUUCCUUUCACCCUCACCUUCCUCCUCAUCACGAAAGCAUCUAUAAUUCAAGCUCUCAAACAAAACAAACCGACAUUUCCUCCUACCUUUUCUUCAGUACUUACCCUUUACAAUCCACUCCUUCUCACCCACUUUUGCAAUUCACUCUUGAUCCUCUCUGCCAAUGCAACCCUCUUCUUUCUUCUUUUCUUUGCCUUUAAUUGUUUCCAAGGAUUCGGCUUCUCUUCUCCCAACUUACUCCUCUUGCUCUCAGCUGCAGGGGCUGUGCUCUAUUCCAUAAUUCUGGCCAACGCCCUCAUAGUUUGCAACUUGGCAAUGGUUGUCUCCGGCAUGGAACGAUGUGGGGGUUACAUGACAAUACUCAAGGCUUGCGUUUUGAUGCGAGGAAGAACUUCAACGGCGCUAUCCCUGGCAUUGCCCAUCAAUAUGGCCCUGGCCGCCGUUGAAGCCUUGUUCCAAUACCGGAUUGUGAGAGCUUAUCAUUUUGCCGAAAAGCUUGGCUUGUCCAUGGUUUUUGAGGGAAUUUUCAUCGCUUACUUGUAUUCCAUCUUCGUUGUUCUAGAUACCAUCGUGAAUUGCAUGUUCUUCAAAAGCUGCAAGACAGAUUCUGCUAGCCUAUCUUGCUCGGUUGAGAUUGCAGAGGUAGAAGGUGAUCAUGGUUACGCCAUUUUAAGAACCAAAGAAGAACUUAUUCCAUGA